AUGUCUGUGGCACGGACACUGACGACCUUGUCCGUCCGGCGGGGCGAGCGCGAGCUCGUGGCGCCGGCGAGGCCCACGCCCUACGAGUUCAAGGUGCUCUCCGACAUCGACGACCAGGAGGUCCUCCGUUUCUACCGCUCCGGCGCUUUCUUCUACCGCGGCGACGCCUCCAAGUCCGGCAUUGACCCGGCGAAGGCCAUCAAGUCGGCUAUCUCGGAGGCGCUCGUGCACUACUACCCUCUCGCCGGCCGGUUCCGGGAGCUCCAGCCGACGAGGAAGCUCGUGGUCGAGUGCACGGGCGAGGGCGUCGUGUUCGUCGAGGCGGACGCCAACGUCCGGAUGGAAGACUUUGGAGACUCAGUGGCGCCGCCGGUGCCGUGUUACGAUGAGCUGUUGCCCGAGCAGGAGAGCGCGACCGCCGUUGUCGUCGACCGGCCUUUGCUCUUUGCUCAGGUGACGCGGCUGACGUGCGGCGGCUUCGUCUUCGGGUUCCAGAUAUGCCACUGCAUCGCCGACGGCCCGGGGAUCGUGCAGUUCCUGACGGCGCUGACGGAGUUCACCCGCGGCGUGCCGGGCGCGCCGACCGUGCGUCCGGUGUGGCAGCGCGAGCUCCUCACGGCUAGCUGGCCGCCGGCCAUUGCGCACGACCACGUGGAGUACGCGCCUCUCCCCGACCUCGGAAAGGACGUGGUCUCCUCCUCGGACAUCUUCUCGCAGCACACGUUCUUCUUCGGGCCCCGCGAGAUCGAGGCGCUCCGGUCCCAGGCCCCGGCAGAGCUGCGCUCCGCCGCGUCGCGGUUCGACCUGAUCGGCGCCUUCAUGUGGCGGUGCCGCGCCGCUGCGCUGCAGUACGGCCCGGACGAGCUGGUCCGCCUGCACAUGUUCGUGAACGGCCGGGUCAGGAACAGGAGCCGCCACCGCCUGCCGAGGGGCUACUACGGCAACUCGUUCGCGUUCGCCUCCGCGUGCGCGCCCGCCGGGCAGCUGUGCCGGAGGCCCCUCGGCGAGGCGCUGCGGCUGCUGCUGGAGGCCAAGGCACGGGCGGAGCAGGAAGGGUACGUGCAGUCGGUGGCCGGCUUCAACGCGGCGCACAGGAGGCCGGCGUUCCCCAAGGCCCGGACGUACCUCAUCUCGGACAUGACCCAGGGGGGGAUGAUGGCGGUGGACUUCGGGUGGGGCACGCCGGUGUACGGAGGCCCGGCGACGAUCAUUCUGGCCACGUUCCAUCUGGAGGGGAGGAACGAGGCCGGUGAGGCAGGCGUCAACGUGCCGACGAGGUUGCCGGUGCUGGCGCUGGAGCGGCUGAAGGUGGAGGUGAGCAAGGGGCUCAUUACGGUCAGCGGUGGGACUGUCAGUGAACCUGAUGCGGACAAGAACAAGUCAGCCUUGGUUUCUGGUCACACUCUCGCAAAGCUGUAG